AUGGAAAACCUAAUCAAACAUGUACAACCUUCGACUGAAAUUAUUGGGUCAUCAAGUCAAGCUGAAGAGUCAUAUGGAAAACCUAAUCAAACAUAUCCUUGGACUCAAAUUAUUGGGCCAUCAAGUCAAGCUGAGGAGUCGAAUGUUGUUAUUGAUGGAGAUGAAAUACCUAUUGAGAAAUUAUCCAUCCACGCUGUAAGCAAUAAUCUUGUCAGAAUCCUUAGAGAUGACAACAUCUAUACCAUAAAUCAACUUGUCAUUAAGGAUACCAUUGAAAAACUUUUUUCACCAGACAAUGUUACCAAAAUCCGGAAUGCCAUUCAAAUUAUAACGAGCAAGGUGAAGUUACAAGCUGAAGUAUUUGCAAAAGAGUUGGAAGAUCUUUGUUUCAAGAGUUUUAGCCGCUGCUCUGGCCGUAAUGAUAGCAAAGUACUGGAGGUCUAUGGAACGGCUACCGGUCGCAUAAUGGAGUAUGAAACAUUUGGAGAUAUACUAAAUGUGAUUGAGGAUAUUGGAUCUGAUGAGACUGUAAAAGUCAUAGGCAACUUAAUUAUGCAAAUCCAUGUUGAUAAACGUCAAGGGUAUUCUUUUCAUGCCAGACUCAAGAAAGAUAAAGAGAGAGCUACAAAGGAGAUUCAACUUGACGCUACUCGUCAGAAACUUGAAGCUACUCGUAUAAAAAAUGGAGGACUUUAA